CCGGCUCCCCCGCCCCGGAUUUGAAAGCUAGGUCUUCCCGAGAGUCCGCGGGCUUCCGCUCCCAGCGCGGGAUUCUGGAGGUAAGUUGAGGAAGACUUGGAAACCGCGCCAGGACCAACGGGUACCUAGAAGGGAGACAAGGCCAGGCCUGCUGCCCAGUGUGAGCUCUGAGAAGAAGAGGAGCGGGCCGGGACGCCCACCGGUAAUUUCCUGAGGCCUUUCCUUGGGUUACCCCCAGGUCCCUCUCCCUAAAUCAAAAGCCUUAACCUCCUGUCACCAGGGUCCCAGGCCAGUAAUAAGCAGGUCCACGCAUGCUGGACACACAGGCUCAAGCCCCUCCGCGCAUCAGUCAGUACUGCAAACCGUACCCAGUAGUGUACUUAAUCCGUAUAUAAAUGUUACAAGUUAAGCAUCCCACAGCAAACAAAGUAGCAUUUAACAUCAUGGGGAAAAAAAGAGAGAGGACAAAGAGAUGAACAACCAAUCCAGAGGGAGUGAAGAAGAGAAAAAGAAGCCUGGUUUGGGCCGGAGAAGUCCUUCUGCAAAGACAGCGUCGAUGAAGACUGUUUGGAGCUGCCGAAGGCAGAGUCCUGGGGGUAUCCCAGAGGUGACAGAACUUGAUCUGGGCCUGGAAGGGAAGAAUUCGGGAAGGGCAACGUGGGGCAUUCCAGUAGUAAUUGAUAGAAAUAUUACAUGGGAUAGGAUUUAUUCUCUCCGUACUUCUGAACCAAUGAACAGAAAAUGGGAAGAAAAACUGAAGCAAAUUGAAGAACGAGCAUCUCAUUAUGAGAGGAAACCAUUGUCCUCAGUGUAUAGACCAAGACUGUCCAAGCCAGAGGAACCACCCUCCAUUUGGAGACUAUUUCAUCGACAAGCUCAAGCUUUUAAUUUUGUUAAAAGCUGUAAAGAAGACGUUCACGUAUUUGCUUUGGAAUACAAAGUAGGAGAUGGACAACGUAUUUACCUUGUGACAACCUAUGCUGAAUUUUGGUUUUACUAUAAAUCCAGAAAAAAUCUCUUACACUGCUAUGAAGUUAUUCCUGAAAAUGCUGUGUGCAAGCUUUAUUUUGAUUUGGAAUUUAACAAACCUGCCAACCCAGGAGCUGAUGGGAAAAACAUGGUUGCAUUACUCAUCAAGUACGUGUGUAAAGCACUUCGAGAGUUAUAUGGUGUUAAUUGCUCAGCUGAAGAUGUUUUGAACUUGGAUUCUAGCACUGAUGAGAAAUUCAGCCGGCAUUUAAUAUUUCAGCUCCAUGAUGUGGCAUUUAAAGAUAACAUUCAUGUUGGUAAUUUUUUGAGAAAAAUUUUGCAGCCUGCUCUUGACUUGCUUGGCAGUGAAGAUGAUGAUAGCGCUUCAGAGACAACAGGCCACGGAUUUCCCCAUUUUUUGGAAGCACCUGCAAGACAAGGAUUUUCUUUCAACAAAAUGUUCACGGAGAAGGCUACAGGGGAAAGCUGGACAUUGAAUUCAGAGAAACUGGAGAGGCUGGGGUCAGCUGAGCAAAGCAGUCCUGACCUUUCAUUUCUAGUUGUGAAGAAUAACAUGGGAGAGAAGCAUCUUUUUGUGGAUCUUGUAGAAACCAUUGAAGGUUGUCAGUGUUCUCCCUAUCCUGAAGUUGAUCAUUUUGUUCUUUCUUUGGUGAAUAAAGAUGGCAUUAAAGGAGGAAUUCGGCGUUGGAACUACUUUUUCCCAGAAGAAUUACUGGUUUAUGAUAUUUGUAAAUAUCGGUGGUGUGAAAACAUUGGAAGAGCCCAUAAGAGUAAUAAUAUAAUGAUUCUGGUUGAUCUGAAAAAUGAAGUUUGGUAUCAAAAAUGUCAUGACCCUGUAUGUAAAGCAGAAAACUUCAAAUCUGACUGUUUCCCAUUGCCUGCUGAAGUAUGUCUCCUGUUUCUUUUCAAAGAGGAAGAAGAGUUGACAACAGAUGAAGCAGAUGAAACUAGGAGCAAUGAAACCCAGAAUACUCAUAAACCAUCACCUAGCAAGCUGUCAACAGGUGCAUCUGCUGAUGCUGUCUGGGAUAAUGGCAUUGAUGAUGCUUAUUUUUUAGAAGCUACUGAAGAUGCUGAAUUAGCUGAAGCUGCAGAGAACAGUCUUCUCAGUUAUAACAAUGAAGCAGAUGAAAUUCCCGAUGAGCUAAUUAUACAAGUAUUACAAGAGUAGCUAGUUCACUAUGGACACUUCUGUCACCAGGCUGUAAUUUGCCUGAUGUCUGUGAGAUUUGAUAAAUAUAUCACUCAACCUGAUAAGUUUUAUCACUUUGCUUUCCAAUUUUUGUUUUUUGCUUCUAUAAACCAAUUUUAUUAAAAAUUACCUUUGUUGUA